CAUAAAAUAGACCCUGGUUCACUGGUAGUGGCUGAAAUUUGGUAAGGGCAGCCAUGGCUCUAGAGAAGCAGCUGUGUUGCUUUGGCGUUGUGCUUGUGGCACUGUGGCUGGGGACCAGUGGAGUGUCAUCGCAAUGGACACCAAUAAUUUCGUCCUCGUCCAUUAAAAACCCCCAAACCCCACGCCAACCUCCACAGAAAACGCCAGAGGUGAUUCCGCAGACUCCAGCUCAAAGGCCACCUCCAAGGCCAGCUCAAUGGCCAGCUCAAAUUCCGCAGGCUCCAGCUCAAAAGCCAGCUCAAAGGCCAGCUCAAAUUCCGCAGACUCCAGCUCAAAGUCCGCAGACUCCAGCUCAAAGGCCAGCUACACCACCUCAAAGACCCAGGGAUCCUCCGAUGCAGAUCAAUAUAUGCAACGUACUGGAUUCUGACAGAAUACAAUGUGGUUUAUCUGGUACCAGUGCUGCAGAGUGUCAGAAAAUGAACUGUUGCUUUGAUGGUAGUCAGUGCUAUUACGGGAACACAGUGACUCUGCAUUGCACCCUGGAUGCUCAGAUCAUUCUUGUGGUCUCCAAGGAAGUCACCUUGCCUCGCCUAAAUCUGGACACUGUCGUCUUCCUGGGUGGUUCGGGUGAACCCAAUUGUCGCCCUGUGGACUCCAACUCUGGCUUUGCCAUCUACCAAUUUACACCAACAGCCUGUGGUACUCGCAUGAGGGAGGAGAAUGACCAAGUGAUCUACGAGAACCAAAUGACCUCCUCAUACGAAGUUGGCAUUGGACCCCGGGGCUCCAUCACAAGAGACAGUUUUUAUGAGGUGUCUAUCCAAUGUCGUUACACCGGCCAAUCAGUGAAGGCAUUGCUAGUUGAGAUCCUCUUUGUUCCCCCUCCUUUUGGAGUGGAUCAGCCAGGGCCUAUCAGAGUGGAGCUCAGACUGGGCAAUGGUGUAUGUCCCACAAAGGGAUGCGUGGAAGAGUCAGUAGCCUACACAUCAUACUACUCUCAAAGUGACUACCCAGUCACUAAAGUUCUGCGAGAUCCUGUAUACGUUGAGGUGCGCCUCCUGGAGAGGACAGAUCCAAACAUUGUUCUAACCCUGGGCAACUGCUGGACGACACCCUAUCACGAAUCCACUAGCAUGCCACAGUGGGACCUUUUAGUGGAAGGAUGCCCCUACAUGGAUGAUCGUUAUCUAACCACCUUGGUGCCAAUCUCGCAAGAUGUUGCCUUCCCUUCCCACUACAGGCGUUUCAUCCUAAAAAUGUUCACAUUUGUUGACGUACAGUUCAGUUCCCCCCCGCAGGAAACGGUGUACAUUCACUGUAAAAUCUCUGUGUGCCAGCCUUCAGCAGGAGCCUCUUGUGAGCCAUUGUGUAGCCGAUUCAAGAGGGAUGUUUCUGCAGUGAAGCAGGAGGAAGCUGCUGUUAUUGUGUCAAGUGGGGCAGUUAGGAUCAAAGCCUGAUGUAUUCAUCAGAGAACUGGGGACAGCAGAUGUAUGAGUUACACCUGUUCAAAACAGAUUUUGGAUUCAAUUAAAGCUUGACCCUAUGAAAA